AUGCAUCCACGAAGAGGUGUUCAAGGUUGUCAUGCUAGGAGGAAGUUUGAGGAUCAAGGGGUCCCCAAUGCACCAGAAGUGCAACCCCAAGGAGAGGUCACAAAUGCUGAGUUUCAGGAUGCUAUCCAGAUGUUGAGCCAAGUGGUGACCAACAUAGAUUGUCAACAAAGAGCAGUUCGACAGGAUGAGGCUGAUAUAUCAAGAAUUUUUGAGUUCUUAAGGUCGAAUCCUUCAGACUUCAUCGCUUUAAGUGUUGAGGAAGUUAAGAAAAAAUUUCAUGCUCCAUCAGCUGCUAGUGCACCUGCACCGAAAAAUAGAGGUGAGUUCAAGAAUCUGAAUUCCCACAAUAUCAGAGCAAGACCGACAGAGUCUCAGGGUAGUGUGGCACAAGGAGGUAAUGGGACUUAUGCAGGUGUUAACUAUGGUAGGACCAACUCAGGAAUAUGUCAUGAUGGCUCCACUUGUUGUUUCAAGUAUGGUCAAAAUUGUCACUUCAUGAGAGAGUGUCCAAAGAAUAGGCAAGGUAGUAGUAAUAGGGGCAAUAGAGCACAAUCUUCUUCAUUUGUUCGACCAGAUAGAGCUGCACCUAGAGGGGCUACUUCAGGAACAGGAGGAGGACCAAACCGUCUAAUGGCUCCAGCUGAGUUGAAAGGGUUAAACGAGCAGUUGAAAGAUCUCCUUGAAAAAUGCUUCAGUCUAUAA